CAGGGCUGCUGUGGCACAGCCAGAUCAGAAAUGCCUCAGCCUCAGAGGUGGUCUGUCAGCCCAGGCAAAGAAGGGCCUUUUAAUCAUAUCAAGUCAAGUCUGUUGGGAUCCACAUCGGAUUCAAAUCUCAACAAAUACAGUACAAUCAACAAAAUUCCUCAACUCACACUGAACUUUUCAGAUAUCAAAAGUGAAAAAAAAUCUUCAUCUCCUCCUUCUUCAGAGAAAGCAAUUAUUGCACCUAAGGUGAAAGACCGAACGCACAAUGUAACAGAGAAGGUUACACAGGUUCUAUCCUUAGGAGCUGAUGUUCUACCCGAAUAUAAACUCCAGACACCUCGCAUCAACAAGUUUACUAUAUUGCACUACAGUCCUUUCAAAGCCGUCUGGGACUGGCUCAUUUUGUUGCUGGUCAUAUACACUGCCAUAUUCACCCCUUACUCUGCUGCCUUCCUUCUGAAUGACAGUGAGGAUAGGAAGAGGAGAGAGUGUGGAUAUUCCUGCAGCCCACUGAAUGUUGUAGAUUUAAUUGUGGAUAUUAUGUUUAUAAUUGACAUUCUAAUAAACUUCAGAACAACAUAUGUAAACCAGAAUGAAGAAGUGGUAAGUGAUCCAGCAAAAAUAGCAAUUCACUACUUCAAAGGCUGGUUCCUAAUUGACAUGGUUGCUGCAAUACCUUUUGACCUGCUGAUUUUUGGCUCUGGCUCUGAAGAGACAACUACCUUAAUAGGCCUUCUGAAGACAGCUAGACUGCUGCGUUUGGUGAGGGUAGCACGGAAACUGGACAGAUACUCCGAAUACGGUGCUGCAGUUCUGAUGCUCCUCAUGUGCAUAUUUGCACUAAUUGCACACUGGCUUGCUUGCAUUUGGUAUGCCAUUGGAAAUGUAGAAAGACCUUACUUGGCUCACAAGAUUGGCUGGUUGGAUUCUUUAGGAGAACAACUAGGAAAGCAUUACAAUAAGAGUGAUGCAAGCUCUGGACCAUCUAUCAAGGACAAAUAUGUUACAGCACUUUAUUUUACCUUCAGCAGUCUGACAAGUGUAGGAUUUGGAAAUGUGUCUCCAAACACCAACUCAGAGAAAAUCUUUUCCAUCUGUGUCAUGUUGAUUGGAUCAUUAAUGUAUGCUAGCAUUUUUGGAAACGUAUCCGCAAUAAUCCAAAGACUCUACUCGGGAACUGCACGGUACCACAUGCAGAUGCUGCGAGUGAAGGAGUUCAUACGCUUUCAUCAGAUCCCGAACCCUCUGCGGCAGCGACUGGAGGAAUACUUCCAGCAUGCGUGGACAUACACCAAUGGCAUUGACAUGAACAUGGUCCUGAAGGGAUUUCCAGAGUGCUUACAAGCUGACAUUUGUCUGCACCUCAACCAAAAUUUGCUUCAGAAUUGCAAAGCUUUCCGGGGGGCCAGUAAAGGCUGUCUUCGAGCUUUGGCUAUGAAAUUUAAGACAACACAUGCACCUCCUGGAGACACUUUAGUGCACUGUGGAGAUGUUCUCACUGCUCUUUAUUUUGUGUCAAGAGGCUCCAUUGAAAUCCUUAAGAGUGACAUUGUUGUAGCCAUUCUUGGGAAAAAUGACAUUUUUGGAGAGAUGGUACAUCUUUAUGCAAAACCAGGAAAGUCAAAUGCUGAUGUGAGAGCUUUAACUUACUGUGACUUACAUAAGAUCCAGAGAGAAGAUCUACUAGAAGUUUUGGAUAUGUACCCUGAAUUUUCAGAUCUCUUCCUCACCAAUCUGGAGCUAACUUUUAAUCUGAGAGAUGAAACCACAAAGUCUGACCUCGUAAUUAGAUCACAAACUACCAAUGAUACCAAUGGAGAGAACUGCAAACUACGAAGACGGAAAUUGUCCUUCCAAAGUGAAAUAGAGAAAGAUUAUUUCAAAGAGAAUGAUCAGGGUGAUCCUGAACCCUCGGGAGACAGCACCAGAUACUAUCAAUCUAUUAAGAAACAUUUUGAGGAGAAAAAAAGUGGGUCAUCAUCUUUUGUGUCCUCCAUUGAAGAUGAGCAAAAGCCCCUGUUCUCUGGGAUAACUGAUUACCCAUCCGUAACAGAGAAAACCACAGAGAUGGACUUUGAAGAAAUGGAUCAUGACACAGAAGACAUUCUUAUUGACAAAAGAAGCAGUUCUUGCAAAGACAUCAACAAAAGAAACUGGGAACAGGAGAACAUCCAGGAGUACCAGGACUCCCCAGUUCAACCAGCAUUAUCCCAUGUUACAUGGGGAAUCUGUGAAACUGAAAGUGAUUUUAUAUAUGGGGAAGUGGAGAAUCGAUUAGAUUUACUUCAAGAACAACUCAACAGGCUUGAAUCCCAAAUGACUGCUGAUAUCCAAACCAUCCUGCAGCUUCUUCAGAGGCAGUCAGCACUCAUUCCACCUGCCUACAGCAUGGUGACAGCAAGUGCAGAGUAUCAAGAGCCAGCAGUCCGGGUCGUACAAAAGGUUCAGCCUGCAGCAUCAAUUAAAACAGACAGAAGUUUCAGCCCUUCAUCUCAGUGUCCUGAAAUUUCAGAUGUUGAAAAAUCAAAACUGAAAUCCAAAGAAUCCUUCUCAAGUGGAGUGCAUCUGAACACAGCCUCAGAAGACAACCUGGCUUCUUUUUUAGACCAAGAACGUGACCAGUCUGUAGAGCAUCUCCCACAGCCUUGUAAAACUUGUCUCCCGCCAAUUAGGCACCCUUCCUUGCCAGAAUCUUCACUAAGCACUGCAGGAAUCUUGAGUCUUCAUAGGCAUGUUUCUGAUCCUGGUCUUCCUGGGAAAUAGUACUUUUAUACUAUUACUUCACAUAAAAAAUGUAAGUGCUUUUAAUGGCUGUUUCUCCCUUUUUUUUUAAAUUUUUUUUAUUUUUAUUUAAAUCCUCUAUACUUGACUCAGGGGCUACAAGGAAUAUACCAUUAUAUGCAAAAGUACUGUAUAUUUUCCUAAAUCUGAAGCUUGUAAGGUAAAGUUGAGCAGUUCUGAUGUAAAUAUAUAUAUACACACACUAACUGUAUGUUCCAAAUGUAAAACUGCCAGCAUUCUCAAGGCACCUUAUAUUUUUAUUUUUUUUUAAUAACAUGCAUGUUCUGAAAUUACAGUUUACGUUGCAUGGAGAUUACCAUUUACUGCUGUCAUGGAAAUAGUAUUUUAUUGUGGAUUGUCUUCAGAGCAAAUAGGAGACCAAUAACAAUAAUUCACAUAGAAAAACUCCUACCUGACCAAGCUAAAAUUCAAGAAAAAUGCUCUUCUAGCUCACUUUUGAAAAUUGAUUUAUCUUUCUUGUGAUGAGCUUUUUCUAAUAAAUCACAAUGAGUCUGAAUCUAAAUAAAGAAUAAGGUAGCCAAGUCUUCUGGGCUUGAAACAAUUAGGAAAGAGAACACAGCCUCCUUCCAAACUAGUUGAAGUAGGGUAGUAUUUUAACAGAGAGGAAAACUGCCAUAUGGUGGAAAGUAUCACCAUAGGUCACAUCCACAAAACCGCAUUAAAUUGAAUCAUUUGUUUCCAUCACAUAUUGGGUUUUGGUUUUUGUAUUGUUAUUUUUUUAAUUGCAUCAUAGAAUUCAGCUGUGAUGAACAAGACAGGUACUCUUCAUCUGUCAUACAAACAUAAUCAAAUGCAAUAAACCUAAUUUCUAUGUAAUGCAAAAGACUGUGUUCCUUUUGUUCAAUACAAAUUAUUAACAAUGUUUUAAUUUAAAAAUAUUUUACACAUAUUUGUUUUAUAAUUAUUAGGGUGGCUCUUUGCAGUUACCUCUUUGUACUGACUGGCCCCUCUACAAUGCUCACACACACACACACACACACACCUCACACGUGCUCCUGGACGUGUGCAUGUGUGUAUUUUAUAGAUGUACAUAGGUGUGUAUGUAUGUGUACAUGUAUAUAUAUUUAUAUACACACAUACACACAACUGUGUGUAUAAACCUACACUUACAUGUAGGAGUAUAGAUAUAGAGCUAUAUAUAUAUAUAUAUAUAUAUGUAUAUAUGUAAAAUCACUUUUAGGAACAAUUGUAAACUUUCUUAUGACAAAAUGAGUAAGCUUAGCUUGUGUCCAAAGCUGAAUACAUUAGAAUAAAAUGAUCUAAGGUCUGUAGGCUUUAAAUACAGUAUGUACUGUAUGUGCAUAAUGCUUUGUGAAUACUUAGAUUUAAUUUUAUUAAAAUAUUAUUCUGCUUCAAA